AUGGACAUCACCCAGCGUUUCGUGUCCGUAGCUCAUCCUCAAGCAAAUGGGCAAGUGGAGCUCGCCAACAGAUCAAUUUGCGAAGGCAUCAAAAAGCGGCUGAAUCAGAGCAGAGGGAAAUGGGUCGAGGAGUUGGAUACCGUCCUUUGGGCCUACCGAACUAGCCCAAAGACGGCAACGGGAGAGGCGCCUUUCACCCUGGUAUACGGAUCAAAUGCAGUAAUACCAGCGGAGGCUAGAUUGGAGUCAUAUCGCAUCACUACCUACGAUACAGAGCACAAUUCCGAACUCCGACGAACAGAGCUCGAUCUUGUGGAAGCACAGAGGGAAGAAGCUCAGAUCAGAGCAGCGAAGUACAAGAGCAUCAUUAAGGCGGGGUAUGACAAGCGGGUUAGAGCAAGGAAGUUAGCCAAGGGCGACCUAGUCCUCAAAAGAGCUGAUGCACUAAAGCUAGUGGGCAAAUUUGAACCCAAUUGGGAGGGCCCCUUCAUCAUCAUCGAGGAAUGCUGA